AUGAGCUUCAUAACAAUAACCAAGGGCGGCAAAAAAGUAAUCUACAUGGAGGACCAAAUAUACGUUUCCAAGUUUCAAAUGUAUUUUAAAAGCAUAGUGCCGGUGCAACGACCAUGCAACGCGCGGCGACGGACGCUCUCGCGGCUAGCAGAUCGGGUCCGCCCAAGGACGUCCACUCCGCUACAGCCUUCCAUCGAACCUUUAAUACUUUAUACUCCAGAGAAUAAAGCUCACAAUCAAAUGCCAAUUUUCCAUGAUUAUUCCCAAGCUCGAUGGCGGCCGCGCACAGUGCGUAAAAAGCGCACGCAGGGCGCGAGGCGCGGCGCGGGGGCGCGGGCGGAGUCGUGCGGCGGAGGAGAGCAGCACGCUUGCAGCGACAGCAGUCGCCGCUACUCAUUCGAAGCAGCACGCCGCCCCCACACCGGGCGCGCGUCUCCUUACACGCUCGCUGCAACAACCCCUAUACGUGCUACGAACAUUCAACAGUGCGAGUGCUACGUAUGUAUCGAACAUUUUCACGAAUUUUCUUUGACAUUUUUGAAGUGCGUGUUUCUGGAUUUUCAAUUUAAGGAAUCGCAAUUAAGAAAAAUGGGGAGCAGCGAAGGACAACAAACCUUCUGUUUGAAAUGGAACCACCACAAAACCAACUUAGUAGAAAUACUCGACGCGCUGAUAAAAGUAGAGACCUAUGUGGACUGCACAUUGGUUGUCGACGAUCAAGUCACGUUCAAGGCUCACCGUGUAGUUCUUGCGGCGAACUCGCCAUACUUUCAGUCCAUUUUGGCUGAUGUGCCCAUGGACCAUUGCAGCAUUCUUUUCCCAGGAGUGAAAGAUUUUGAGAUGCGCGCUCUGCUGGAGUACAUGUACACGGGCGAGGUUAAUGUGACACAGGCUCAUAUUCCACGUAUCAUGAAAGUGGCUGAGCAGCUAGAAGUCAAAGGCCUUUUCGACAUGACGGAGUUACGGCGUCGGCCGGGCAGCAACGAACGUACCACGGGCGCGUCGCCGCCACGCGUUGUCGCCGCCGCGCCAUCCAGUGUGUCUCCGCCUGCACCCGCACCACCGGCCAGCUGGCCGCCGCCACCGACCAUGCCCGUUCUCUCCGCUGCUUACGACUCUGCUGACAUGAACCCGCUCAAACGAAAGAAACUUUCGAGCAUGUUAGCGACUCGAGACACACCUAUCCUGCGGAAUGUCCUUGCACAAACUACCCCUGUGGACUCAUCUCAACCCAUGUCACUUGUAUGCCAUCCCGUCAACCAACACGCACCCCCACGAAUGCAUUCUAAUGGUUCAGCUCAUGACUCAGAACGCGCUUCAAGCCCUCAGCGAUCUUUUGAUUAUCGUCCGCGUCGUUUAUCGUCUCGAGCUUCUUCCCCGCACUACAAUAGAUCAGAUCGUUCGGAAGAUGCCCAUUCUCCUUACACCGAGCGAUCAUUCGAGGAAGACCACUCGCGGUCUUUUCACCCAUCACCGCCUCCAAACAAUUUCCAACAAGAUGUCCGUGCUGGUUUAGCACCUUAUGUUCCUCCACAACAAAAGCCAGAAUGGAAAAGAUAUAAGCAAUAUACAAGAUCUGAUAUCAUGUCUGCAAUCGAAUGCGUAAGAAAUGGAAUGAGUGCCCUACAAGCAUCUCGUAAAUAUGGGGUGCCCUCACGUACUUUGUAUGAUAAAGUGAAGAAAUUGGGUAUCACAACAAGCCGCCCAAUGAGCCGUGGUAUUAAACGAGAAACAAAUGGAGCCGCAUUUCCCUACGGAUUGAGCGGAACUGGAGGGAACGAGGAACCAACGCCAACAACGCCUCUCAUUGACCCAUCAUUCUUGCAACAAGCGUUAGAAGGAGCAACCAGAGAUGGAGGACGUGAGGCAUUGCAUGCAAUGGCUCUAGCCGCUGCGGCUCACGCAGCUUUGGCUCCGCGGACACCUCCACGCUCACCGCCCCAUUCUCCUCGGUCUCCACCACACGACGAUGAUCUCGUAGAGGACCUCUCAGUAUCUCGUCGUCGUGACCCUGAUCCUCCAUCAGGCGUCAUUGUUCCUCCGCGAAACUUUACACUAGACUGUAGUAGUGAAAGAGAUUGAACGAUAUGUCACGCGACGCCGAUCACGGAGAACAUUCAAAAAGACUGACUUAGGCGUACAAAGUUAGAAGUAAGCACUUAUUGGUAGGCUACUGGUAGGACGCGCCGCGCGCGCAUGCCACGCUGACCGGGCGCUCCGGCCGGGCGAUUGCAAUGGGCCCCGCGGCCAUUCUUAUGCUACCUCUCUUCUUCUUUAUUUAUUUCCAAGCGCUAUCGAGGCCGGAAAAUGAAAUAAAAUUUCCAUUUACCGGUUAUCAGUGUCUGUUUGUGAUUUUUUUUGUUUAUUUUCUUCUUUAUUUUUAUGUUUUUAAAUAACAUUUAUACGUCUUUGUUAAAGGAAUAGCGAUGUAGGUUAGCUUUAAUUAGGGUGUAAUAUGUCUUAGCUGGAGCGGUAACCGUAUGGGCCGAAGGGCUGCCACGCCGCCGCGCCUCGGCGGGUCCGCCUAGACGAGUUAUUGUGCAAUUUGUUGUCCGCGACUGUGAUGUUUUUAGACUGAAAAGCCACCACUACCUCACGCUCGCUACAGCUUAACUCUAGUCCACUGCGUCCUACGAUCGGAUAGCAUUCGAUUAUUUACUAGGUAUUUUUAUUAAUAAUAUCUCUUUGAUUCGCCAUCGACAUUACCUAGUCGUCGAGUGUUAUAGCUGAAGAUCGUGCGAUGCGUGACGCUCAUGUCACUGUGAAUAGCGACGUUCUCUAAUAAUAUACCUAAUUCCUUACGUUACGGGUUAAAAUGAUGUAAUUGUUUGUCGUUUGCCAUAUGUGUUCAUUGUUAAAAUCAAUAAAGUUUGUGCUCACUUUAUCGUCAUUAAGAUUAAUUUGCACAAGCACAGGCUUUCUUAUUAGAAUUAAGGAGAGAUUCAAACACUUGAUGUAAGAAAUGCUCAAUGUUUCUUUUAAAAAUUAAAAAUGUGGUGUCGUGCAGUUUAGUGGCGAUUAUACAUAAAAAGUAAAUUAAUUAGUAUUUUUGUAAAUGUCCAUACCUGCCCUGUACUGCCUUUUGAGUUACUGUACUGAAAUAAAAAGAAACUGUUGUAUCUCUUCACAUAAAUAUUAAUAAAUGCAUUAUUUUAUUAUCUAAAUAAAUACAUAGUAUUCUCAUUCAUGUUAAAUUUACAUUAUUGUUUAAGUUAAAUAAUUGUACUAUACGUAUCAUUACUUAUUAUUUGAUAAUUGAUUGAAGACUGAUUUGUUACUUUAG